AGCAGUGCCGAAGCCAGCGAAGCCCAAACGAAAAAGGCUUUAUUUAUGCAGAAACUACAGGAAGCCAGCGAAAGUAAAGAGCCAAUAUAUCUGAAGAAAAGGGAGAAUUAAAUAUUAUAGUUUAGCAUAUAAAUUCCCAAACCAAUGGAGGGAAUAGAUGAACAUGGAGGCGGUGGUGGUUUUAGUGAGAAGGAAAAAAUUACGGAUAUUUUGGACCGUCGGCACAAGGAGCGUAAAAAUCAAAUCGAAAGUGCUAAACUGGAACGUCAGAAGGAUGCGGACGAAUCGGAAGCGAUCGACUACUUUGAGGCAUCGUUGAAUGAUGAAGUUCGGAAGAUUAGCACUCGACUAGAUGCGGUUAUUGCCAGCGACUGCGAUCGAGUUAGUACGUUCGAGAGCGUCCAGAAAGAUAUUUCUAGCUUACAGCGAUAUCUAUCAACAUCGACUUUUUUCCUCAACGAGUAUAAGAUUAAAGUGUGCCAGAACACAAUCAACGAGCUCUGCAAACGCUUGGAUGCUCUGAAGAAUGAGCUUAUACCAAAAAAGAAGUUUGGCUUUAAAAGCAAGAAAACGGUCAAAGUACAUCAAGACAGUCGAUUUGCUUUAGGUAAAGCAGCAGAUUUCACAGACCCGCAAUCGAACGGUGAUCGACUGAAGUGGACCCUUUCGGAAAGAAAAAAUCAACUGAUUGUCCUUUCCCGUUCAUCAGUGGAUGAUCAAACUAUUACGGCCUCUGGACUGACAGACUGUAUCGUUCGACUGGAGGGCCAUUCUGGCGCACUACAAUUUACGAAGUUGAAAAACUGUCUAGUCUUGUGUGGGCCAACCUCAAGAUCAAUCUUUCUGGAUGAUUGCGUAGACUGCAAGUUUGUGGUUGCCUGCCAGCAGCUGCGAUGUCAUCGCUCCCGCAACUGUCACCUCUAUCUGAAGGUAACGUCGCGGGCAAUUAUCGAAGAUUGUAGUCAGAUUCAAGUGGCCGAAUAUAAUUGGAGUUACGAUGGUUUGGCAAACGAUUUCGUCGAGUCCGGAUUGGAUGUGAACGUUAACAAUUGGAAUGAGUUGGAUGACUUUGAUUGGCUUGCAACGGACAAACCGUCCCCAAACUGGUCCCUUCUUCCUGAAGAUCAACUGGUUUCCGAUUGGAAGUUGUACCAGCAUCAGUUUCAGACUAAAAACUGUUGUAAAACUUUUGAAUAAAAAUGGCUUCUCGCUUUGCUUUUCACAGUACAUAGUAAACA